AUGAAAGAGAAAACAUUGCCACAAAUUUCUAAUACAACUUGGCUUUGUGACUUGGCAUUCCUGAUAGACAUCACAGGACACUUAAACGACCUGAACUUAAAGCUUCAAAAACAAGGACAAUUGGUAAAUCAGCUGUACAUUCAUUUUAUAGCUUUUCAAAACAAAAUUUGCUUGUUGGAAACACAAAUGAGAAGUAAAAACUGUUUUCAUUUUUCAACAUUAUCCAUUCACGAAAACAUUGAAUGCGGUCAUUAUGCUGAAGAAUUGAAACUACUGUCCGAGCAAUUUACUGAUCGAUUUUCCAAUAUUUUUGCAAAGUAUAAUGUGGGAGAUGUUCCGCUUCACCUACAACUGGAGUUGAUCGAGCUUCAAGAAGACUCAUAUUUAAAAUCUAAAUUUGAUGAUGUGGAACUAAGCUGA